AUGCCUUUUUGUAAGGAUGACCAGGUUUGUGCAAAAGGGGUGAGGUGCAUGCAGAGGGAGAGGCAGGCACUUCUCCACUUAAAGACUGCCUUCGUUGAUAAAUAUGGCAUGCUCUCAUCUUGGACCACUCCUGAUUGUUGCCAAUGGAAAGGCAUUACCUGUAGCAAUUUAACUCACCACAUACUAAUAGUUGAUCUUCACGGUGAUUGGUUUGCUAUGGAUGAGUUUUUUCUCGGUGGCAUCAUCAGCAAGUCACUGCUAGAGUUGCAACACUUAGAGGUUUUAAACCUCAGUUGGAAUCGAUUUCAAGGUAUUCAAGUACCAUAUUUCAUUGGUUCUCUAAGAAAUUUGAGAUACCUUGAUUUGCCAAAUUCUGGUUUUGGUGGAAGGAUUCCAAACCAGUUUGGUCUUCUUUCACAUUUGAAUUACUUAAAUCUUGAAGGGAAUUUCCUGGAGGGUUCGAUCCCUUGUCAACUUGGAAAUCUCUCCAAGUUGCAACAUCUAGAUCUUAAGGAUAACUCUUUAGAAGGAAAUGUACCUUCUCAACUUGGGAAACUGUCAAACUUGCAUAAGCUUUAUCUUGGAUAUGGUGGAGCGCUCAAACUUCAUGAUGGAGGUCUUUGGUUGUCUAAUCUCACCUCGUUAACCCAUCUUGACUUAAGUUUGAUGGCUAAUCUUAAUAAUUCUCAUAGUUGGCUGCAAAUCAUUGGAAAUUUACCAAAACUCAGAGAAUUAAGCUUGUCUGAUUGUAGCCUUUCUGAUAAUUUCAUCCAUUCAUUGAGCCCUUCAAAGCUCAAUUCUUCUACUUCCCUUUCUGUCUUUGACCUCUCCUGGAACAAGUUUACAUCAUCCAUGAUAUUCCAAUUGGUGUCAAAUAUCAGUUACAAUCUUUUGAGCUUGACCUUUAUGGUAAUAACCUCUUGGAGGCUCCUGCAUCAAAUCAUUUUGGUUUGA